GCACAAGGAGACAUAAUGCAGGGGUAGGAGAGUCUGGUUUAAAAAUAAAAAAAGGCUGAGCAGGCACAAGGAUGCUUUAUUGUCACAGUCAAGACAAAGUGGGCUUGAUACCUAUCUCCUGCUGAAUUAUGACUGACUGGUGUCUCUUCACUGGUUGGCUUACUUGAUUCAGGUGUGCCACGCCUCACCUCACCUCACAGAACAUGGCUUGGAGGUAUAUAACCUACCGUUUCUGCCUGCAUUUAAUGCUCCUGCUGUGGGUUUCAGCUGUGUUACCUGGAUUGACACUUUCCACAAGUAUAAAUUCAUCUAAACGAGUGUCUUGGUUUGGUGAAACAAAUCUCAAGAACACAACCACUCUCCUCCUGAGUGAGGACAGUAACACUCUCUAUGUGGGAGCAAGGGAUUCAGUGGUGUUUUUGGAUGUGAGUCAGCCUGGAACCUUGAAACUCCAAAACAAGGUAAACUUGAGUCCUUCAGAGGAGGAAAUAGCUGAUUGCACAAAAAAAGUGGACAAUCCAAGGUUAAAGUGCUCUAACUUCAUCCGGAUCCUUCUGCAGCUGAACAAGACUCAUUACAUCAUUUGUGGGACCAACGCAUUUAAGCCCACCUACAUGUAUUUUGACCCAAAAACAUUUACAAUAACCAGACCAGGAGAUGGCAAAAGGCCCAAUGCCAAUGGAAUCUGUCCUUUUGACCCUUAUCAAAAAUACACAGCUAUGAUAGUGGGAGGAGAACUUUAUACUGGUUUAAUGGGAAAUUUUCAAGCAAACUUGCCUGUCAUAAGGCGAUCAUUGGUUACUGAGAGAAGAAAAUCUUUGAAUAUCGAAAUGUGGCUAAAUGGCAAGUCACCAUAUCUGAAAAAUUUAAACUGACAGAA